AUCCCCUAUCAGAAAUCCACCGAGCUGCUGAUCCGCAAGCUGCCCUUCCAGCGGCUGGUCAGAGAAAUCGCUCAGGAUUUCAAGACUGACCUGCGCUUCCAGAGCUCCGCUGUCAUGGCGCUGCAAGAGGCUAGCGAGGCUUACCUGGUCGGGCUCUUUGAGGACACCAACCUGUGUGCCAUUCACGCCAAGAGAGUCACCAUCAUGCCCAAAGACAUCCAGCUGGCCCGCCGCAUCCGCGGAGAACGCGCUUAAACUGCAAAACCCUUAAAACACAAUGAAACCCAAAGGCUCUUUUCAGAGCCACUCACUCCUCUCAAUGAGUUAUAUUCCAUUAGCUUUAAACAAACGUAGCUGUACUGGAUAUGUGUC